AUCCUCAAACCGUCUCAAGAUCAGCUCUAUUAUAAACUUGCCUAUAAGGCUUGUCAUUUAGUUAUACAAGCACGUUACUGUUACCUAAUCUUCAGACCUCUCGUUGGCGCGGGUAAAGACAGUCUGAGCCGACUGGUUGUACACCAUGCAGCUUAUUCCGAAGGAGAUCGAUAAACUGGUCAUAUCGCAGCUGGGACUCUUGGCCCAACGCAGGCUUGCCAGGGGUGUUCGUCUGAAUCAUGCCGAAGCUACGGCUUUGAUUUCGUCUAAUUUGCAAGAACUCAUUCGUGAUGGCAACCACACCGUCGCCGAUCUCAUGUCCAUCGGUAAGACCAUGCUAGGUCGCCGCCAUGUCCUCCCUUCAGUCGUUUCCAGCCUCGUAGAAUUACAGGUUGAAGGUACCUUUCCUACAGGCACCUACCUGGUAACAGUGCAUCACCCCAUCAGUACCGACGACGGGGAUCUUGAAAAGGCUCUGUACGGAAGUUUCCUGCCUGUCCCACCCAAGGAUGCAUUUCCUGCAGCCAAUCCAGCUGAUUAUGAACCUGGAAAUCAGCCUGGGGUUGUUAUCCCUGUUAAGAAUUCGAGAAUCACGCUUAGUGAAGGUCGGAAACGAAUUAAGCUCAAAGUUAUGAGCAAGGGUGAUCGGCCGAUUCAGGUCGGUUCGCAUUAUCAUUUUAUUGAAACCAAUCCUCAACUUCAUUUUGAUCGUGAAAAGGCUUAUGGCUAUCGACUGGAUAUCGCUGCUGGUACAUCCAUCCGAUUCGAGCCCGGCGACACCAAGACAGUCACUCUGGUCGAAAUCGGCGGCAACAAAAUCAUCAGCGGCGGCAACUUCCUUGCAUCUGGCAAGGUAGAUCUAACCCGUACAGAAGAGAUUCUAACUCGAUUGCAGCAAGCUGGAUUCGCUCAUGAGCCAGAGCCAACGGCAGACGCAGGACUUAUAUCCCCUUUCUCAAUGGAGCGGGAGGCAUACAUUCGCAUGUUUGGUCCGACUACCGGCGACCUUGUACGGCUGGGUGCGACAAAUCUGUGGGUAAAGUUGAGAAAGAUCUUACUCAUACGGAGAUGA